AGCCUCAGUCUCACCAAAUUUUAUGUUGUUUCCAUCACAUAGGAAAACAGAAAAGAAAGAAUGUCCCUCUUAUCCUUCAGUCUGAAGCCUCCUCCUUUCUCUGGAAUAACUGAAAAGCCAAAUGCACUUGGGUUUUGGAGAAGAAACAAAGUUGAUAAUCUCAUCAUGAACAUGAAUUGGAGGAAAAAGAUCAAUAGAAAAAUGAUGACAAUCAGAGCAGGGGCUAAGAAAAUCCACCAAGGCAGGGAGUGCAGAGAGGCCUUACUGAAAGGAAUCAAUAAAGUUGCUGACGCUGUUUCUGUUACUAUAGGACCCAGAGGGCGCAAUGUUGUUCUUUCGGAAUCUGACACGCUUAAAGUAAUAAAUGAUGGUGCAACAAUAGCCCGUGCAAUUGAACUUUCUGAUGCAAUUGAGAAUGCUGGAGCGAUGCUGAUCCAAGAGGUUGCAACUAAGAUGAAUGAUUCAGCUGGGGAUGGUACAACAACUGCAAUUAUUUUGGCUCGAGAAAUGAUCAAGCUAGGGUUGUUAGCUGCUUCUUUUGGGGCAAACCCUGAAUCUUUAAAGAAUGGGAUGCAGAAGACAGUAAAAGAAUUAGUUAAGAUCCUUAAGAAGAAAAGCUAUCCUGUAAAAGGAAGGAAAGAUACACAAGCUGUUGCAUCUAUAUCUGCUGGAAAUGAUAAAUAUAUUGGCGAUAUUAUUGCUGAAGCUAUUGAUAAGAUUGGUCCUGAUGGAGUAAUAUCCAUUGAAUCUUCCCCAACAUUCGAAACCUCUAUUACAGUCGAAGAAGGAAUGAAGAUUGACAAGGGGUACAUGUCUCCUCAUUUCAUUACAAAUGUGGAUAAAUCUCUAGUCGAGUUUGAAAAUGCUAAAGUUAUGGUUACCGAUCAAAGGAUAUCAAGUGCACGGGAGAUUGUGUCUAUGCUGGAAAAAGUAACCCAGUUGAGUGUCCCACUGUUGAUAAUUGCGGAAGAUAUUUCAAAGGUGGUGCUGGAAAUGUUAGUUGUGAAUAAAAGUCAAGGCAUACUGAAUGUUGCUGUUGUUAAGUGCCCAGGAUUUGGAGAAGGGAAGAAAGCUCUAUUGCAAGAUAUCUCUCUUAUGACAGGUGCUGAUUUUCUUUCUGGAGAUUUGGGUCUCACUCUUGAAGGUGCAACCUCUGAUCAGCUUGGGAUUGCACGAAAAGUAAUCAUAACAAGUAAUUCGACCACCAUUGUUGCUGAUCCAUCUACUAAAGCUGAAAUACAAGCAAGAAUUAUGGAGAUAAAGAAGAAUCUUGCUGAGACAGAUAGUAAAUACCUGUCCCAAAAGCUUUCUGAAAGAAUUGCGAAACUCUGUGGAGGUGUGGCUGUAAUCAAGGUUGGAGCUCACACUGAGGUGGAACUUGAAGAUCGUAAGCUAAGAAUUGAGGAUGCAAAGAACGCUACAUUUGCUGCUAUGGAUGAAGGCAUUGUGCCUGGUGGAGGAGCUGCAUUCAUACACCUCUCCAAAGAAGUACCAAUAAUUAAGGAACAGUUUCGAGAACCAGAUGAACAGCUUGGUGCUGAGAUUAUACAAAUGGCACUUCUUGCUCCUGCAAACUAUAUUGCAGCCAAUGCAGGUGUUGAUGGAACUGUAGUUGUGGAGAAAAUUCGAGCCUGUGACUGGAAAAUUGGAUAUAACGCAUUGACGGGACAAUAUGAAGACCUUCUUAGGGCUGGAGUUGUUGAUCCUUGUAAAAUCUCAAGGUAUGCACUUCAGAAUGCUGUCUCUGUUGCUGGUUUAGUCCUAAGUACCCAAGCUAUACUGGUUGAGAAAACAAAGAAACCGAAGCCGCUUGUUCCCGAUAUUCCUGGUAUAUCACCAUGAAUGAUGACAAAGUGGGUAUUUUUUUUUUCAAAUUAUCUCUCAACAUAGCAAGAGAAGAUUUACACUACUUCAGUACAAAUGUUUGUUGAAUCAUUCCUCUGGCUCAGGAUUCAGCUAAGAUUGGCUAUCCUUGACAAACUACAGAUUGAAGAUUAGCUGCAUCAAGAUAAUUUACUUGUGUUCUCUGCCUAGGUCUUUCAUAAUCUAACAUAGGAGAAACAGUAUUCUGAGAGCAGCUAAGGAAUAUCCACCGAAUGCUCGUCCUCGUGUACUGUUUUAUUUGGGUGAACAUUUAUGCUGAAGAUCCGGAGGUUUUCAUUCUUGCCUCUGAGUAGUAAAAAUCUCCGGGAUAACAAAAGGGAAACUGGCAUUCGUGAUCCUAAAAGUCAUCUCUAAUGUAUAAUGGUGAAGGCUCUGAUUGUAGAUCAACUCCAGCUUAGGAAAGAGUUAGUAGGUUCAUUCGUUUUCUUGAUUCACAGUAUAUGUGCGAUUGAAGCAACUUCAUUUAUGUAGGAUCUUCGAAAGCAAGAUUUUAAGAACUUUUACUUCUCUUGGUAUGAGAAAGUAAAUAGGUUCUUACACUGGUUGGUGCACAAAGCUAUAAACAAUUGAGUUCUGGUACGAUGUUGCAGUUUUCUUUGAGUUUAAUCAUGGAUUGUGGACUUUAAGGAAUGGCACUCAAACUACAACAAUAUAUUUAUAGCCCUUUGCAAAGGUCAAUGGAUGGUUGUUUGUGAUA